UUUUCUUUUCAACCAACCACACUCUUUCUUUCCACCUUAUCCUUUGGUUCCUCUGGAUCCAAAAACAUACAAAGUCCCUUCCAUACCAUACCACUGUGAACUCUCCUUCAAGAACCACACCACAGGAUAUAGAAAAGCCAUUCCAGCUUCACCACCAAGAAGAGAAUGACCAUGACCAGUGCAGCAACUCCAGCCUCAAUCCCUGUUGUGGGAAGCUCCAGUGUUGGCAGCACAAGGAGAAGGGAGAGGAGAGUGCACUUCAUCAGAGGGAUCAAUUCUUUUGGGGGGUUGAAGGCUCAGAACAGUGUGACAUCAUUAGGCUUUCCUGUGUGCACUGAGCAGUGCUUUGCAAAGGUGGUGAGCUCUUUGAAAUAUCCAUCUAAGGGUAGAAGAGGAGGUGCUGCCGCCUCAACCUGCAAUGCUGCUGCUGAGAUUUUCCAAACUGCUGGCAUCAUGAAUGGGCUUGUUCUUGUUGGGGUUGCUGUGGGAUUUGUCCUUCUUCGAAUUGAAGCAUUUGUGGAAGAGACUGAGAUCACUUGUAAUACCUCGAGAAUGAUCUUCGAAGUAUUUGGAUUUGUAAGAUGAAAAAGGUCUCCACAACAUCUCUAUUCUUGAAGUUUUUUCUGAGUAUUUUGGUAUUGUGCAACAAAUCUAUAUUAUCCCUGGGUUUGAAGAUGUAAUCGACAUAUAAUACCAAAACGGCAAAUUUUUUCACACUGCUAAAAUUGAAUUAGAUACAAUCAUUAACCAAAUGUCUCAAAAUCAUUAGUGGUAAUAAUUAGAUGAAAUUUGUAAUACCGUUGUGGGAAACCAGUUUAAGGCCUGAAUUUAUUUAGUUUUUGGAACGUCUGAAACAGUUUUUUGGUUACACUUUAUAGUGUGUUUCAUCAAUGUUGCCACCUAAAAGAAAAACAUUUUACAUCCAUUUGAUGCUUGCCAAAACCUAGAUUUGGUACCUAUCACUCUGUAGUCCUCACUUGUCCAUUUGUGUAUUACCAUCCCUGCAAGCAAGAACACUCCCAUCCGGUGUUUUUGUUAUUUAUUUAUUUUAUAUAUCCAUUUAUAACUAGUAGGUUUAACAUAUUUAGGUAAUUUAUCAACCACUAAUUUAUUUAUUUCAUUCAUGACAUCACUUUUCAGAGUUAAAACUUUAUAUAGAUUAACUAAAGUUCGCUACAAUCCAAUUUCAUCCCAUGCUCUUCAAGAACUAUAACAAUCAUCCAAAAUGCACUUCUUUUACUAUAAGGAGGUUGAGUUUUAGCGCCUUGAAUGAUGCUAGGAUUAACAUACUAAAAAAAUUACUAGAUCUAUUCUUGAAUAAAUGAUAGGUAUGUUCAUCUCAAUAUGAUUUUUCAAAAACCUAAGUUGCUUUUAAUUCAUAAGAGAAAAUGGUUUGGCUAAGAUAUCAUAAUCAGUUUGGAAUUCUCCUCUUUCUUUCUACAUGAUUUCUACAUGAUGUCAAUGUUACAAUAUCAAAGUUUAGUACUUUCCAUAUUGUUUUUGUGAUUUUGGUCGACCAAAGAGGUGCAAAUAAACUAUUUUUAACCUCAACUUUGAAAAGUGAUACUUUUGAUAUAUGUAAAUAUUGGUAUUAGACAUCAGGUUCAAAUUCAGAAAAGAUAAACAUUAAAGUUUUAAAAGAAAAUGUCAACACCAAUGAGUGUGUUUGACUCUAAUGUGGAUAGAUUGAGUAUGGUGGUUAAUAAUUAUGGG